UGGUGCAAAUGCAAUUCAAAAUAUUUUCAUAUUUCAUCAUGCAUAUUCCUAUAUUAUACUAGGUAUCAAUACCAUGGAUUAUUCUAUAUAACUUCCAAGGUUCCAUCAAUCUCAUAUGUAUCGUGUGGUUCAAGCACGUCGAGGCCUUCGAUGGCCUAGAGAUUUGUUCCGAUCCUCAUCAAGGCAUCUUGCCACCGAAGCCGAAGUAGACAAAGCGCGCGAGUAUUGCGCUACACAGUUGAGACAGUCGGAUUAUGAAGCUUAUUUAAUACGGAACCUACUGCCCAGACCUAGGCAGGAUGUUUAUGACGCCUUGCGCGCUUUCAAUCUGGAGCUGGUACGACUCCCAGAGCUUGUGUCAAAUCCAACAAUUGGCCAAAUGCGAAUACAAUUUUGGCGAGAUGCUAUAAACAGCACUUUUAACGGCAAACCUCCAAAAGAGCCCAUUAUGGUUCUACUCCACAAGGCCAUCUCAGAACUUACCGAACGAGGCGGUGCUCCGAAUUCUAUCAAGUUCUGGCUGCUACGUCUGCUCAACACCCGGGAGAAGCACAUGGACAACCGACCUUUUACUAGUCUAGCUUCAUUAGAGGAAUACGCAGAAAACACCUAUUCCACUCUCAUGUAUUCAAACUUAGCGGCAAUUCCGAUUCAGUCUAUGCAUAUGGAUCAUUUGGCCAGUCACAUUGGCAAGGCGUGUGGUAUAGUAGCCAUUCUGCGAGGUAUUCCCGUCUUGGCCGCUCGAUCUCCGCCGGUGAGAUCCCCUGGGGGAGCCAAUGUGGGUAGUGGUAGAAACCCAGUCUUAUUACUACCAAUAGACGUCAUGACAGAAGCCGGCCUUAAAGAAGAGGAUGUCUAUAAACAAGGCCCACGCGCUCAAGGAUUUCAAGAUGCCGUCUUCCAGGUUGCCACGCGCGCUCAUGAUCACAUCAUAACGGCAAGGGAAAUGUUAAAAAAUCUUCACGCGGGACAUAGCCCUGGUCAUGAUUACGAGCAUCAUGGCGAAGAGCAGCACGAAUACCCAUCGUUAGCUUCCGGAGAAGACGAUACUAAAAGGGAAUUGCGCCGAGGAUUCAAGGUGCUACUAGAAGGCAUACCAGCUGGUGAUUACCUGGAGAGGCUUGAAGCACAGAACUUUGACCCUUUUAUGGUAAGGAGUAGUUGGAAGCUCCCGUGGCGAUUAUGGAGAGCGAUUGAGAAUCACCAAAUAUAAUACCAUUUUCCAUUUAUGAAUAAAGUAAGCUAUGAAUACGAUUGAUAACUACCGACGGGGGACCACCUACGUACAUAGGGGUCAAGACUAGGAGUCAAGACUCCAGUAAUUAAUAAUGUGAGG